AUGGGGGACCCUCACUACCGCUCGUUUGAUGGCAAUUACUUCAGCUUCAUGGGCAACUGCUCUUACAUCCUGGCCAAGAACUGCGAUGUCGAUGAAUCCACCCCCACCUUCGAAGUGUCUGUGAAAAAUGAGAAGAGUGCCAAAUCACUCCUCACUGCAGUUGGCAACAUCACCAUUAAAGUUUUUGACCAAGUGAUUCAAAUGGUCCGCAGUGAGAUCAGCAUGGUCCGGGUCAACUAUGAAGUAUGGAACCUUCCUGUCACCUUGAAAACUCCCCAAGGAGAACUGAAGAUGGUGCAGAGUGGUCUAUCUGUGAUCUUCUGGACAGACUUUGGGCUGAGCGUACAGUAUGACUGGGAGGAGUAUGUGAAGAUCACUUUGCCCACCGGCUUAAUGAGCAAAGUAUGUGGCAUGUGCGGUAACUUUGAUGGGAACAAGAACAACGAUCUCGUCACCCAAGAUGGCACCAAGGCAAACAGUAUCGAGGAAUUCGGAAAGAGCUGGAUGGUACCAGACCAGAAAGGUGCACAGUACUGCCAAAACCAGUGCACGGAGGAGUGUGAAGGCUGUAGCUUCUUAAAGGCCAUAGGAGCCAAUUUGUUCUGUGGUGUCAUGACUCCAAUUCUAGAUAUUCAGUUUAAAGGCUGCCAUUCUGUCAUUGAGCCGUCGGUCUUCUUUGACAUGUGCAAGUUUGACCAUUGUCGAGGUGGUGACAUGAAGGACUACAUCUGUGACAUGUUGCAAGUCUACACAGAUGCCUGCCAAAGAGCUGGGGUCAACGUUCCUGACUGGAGACACCUUGCUCACUGUCCUACUCCCGCAUGUCCAGAGAAUAGCCACUUUGAGUACUGUGGAGAUGCCUGCCCAGCAACUUGUGAGGAUCCAUCUGCCCCGUCCUCGUGCAAAACCCCUUGUGUCCAAACCUGCGCUUGUGACGAAGGCUAUUUCCGUAGUGGCAACAAAUGCAUACGCAAGGAGGAAUGUGGCUGCCAGUUCAACGGACGCUUUGUCCAGCCAGGAGAGACCUUCUGGGGCGAUGUUCAGUGCACUCAGAGGUUAUUCUGCUCUAUGGAGGGUGAGCUGAACACGGAGACAACUAAUUGCCCCGAGGGCCAAGGGUGUGACGUGGUUGGCGGUGUCCGGGACUGCUACCCAGUGCAUUACGGCACCUGUCUGGUCUCUGGUGACCCCCACUAUCUCACCUUUGAUGGGGAGGCCUACGACUUCCAAGGCACCUGUGUGUAUCAACUGGCUGGGCUCUGUUCCGAGCAGGCGGGCCUGGAGUCAUUCGACAUAACUGUGCAGAACUCGGGCCGUAAUAAGCAGAUGGGUUCAAGCACGAAGCUGGUUGAGGUCCAGGUGUACGGAUACACCAUUGUGAUCAGUCAAGACACACCCAGCGUGGUCACGGUUAAUGGAGAAAUACAAAACCUGCCGGUAAACCUGGAUUCAAACAAGGUGCUGAUCUCCAAGAGCGGUUUCUUUGCUGUGGUGGAGACAGACUUUAAAAUGAAGCUGUCCUACGACUGGAACUCGGUGGUGAUGGUGACACUGCCCAGCACCUACAUGGGUGCAAUGUGCGGCCUGUGUGGGAACUUCAACGCAAACGUGACCGACGACAUGCGGAUGAAGAACGGUCAGGUGGCAAAGUCCGGCGCGGACAUGGGCCAGAGCUGGCGCGUGGCUGAAAUCCCCGGGUGUCUGGACGCCUGCAACGGCACCUGCCCCGACUGUGACCUCACCCAGAAGAUUCUGUACGAGACCAACGACUACUGCGGCCUGUUGAAUAACCACACCGGUCCCUUCCGUGAAUGCAUGGACGUCAUCGACCCGAGCUCCUUCUAUCAGAGCUGCCUUUACGACCUUUGUCUUCACCAGGGAAAAGGGAGCAUGCAAUGCAAGACGCUCACUGCCUACACUGCCGCCUGCCAGGCCAAGGGCAUCACUGUCUACCCCUGGCGUUCAGCAGCCCUCUGCACGGACCAGUGCGGCUGCCAAUACAAAGGCAAAUACUACCAACCCAACAAGGCCUUCUACCCUGAUGGACUGUGUGCCGAGGAGUGCAUCUGCAAUGGAACAGCGGUGUCAUGCAAGGUGUUUUCCUGUGGUGCAAAUGAAAAGUGUGAUGUGAAGAAUGGGGUCAGGGCCUGCCAAGCCAUCGGACAGGGGGUCUGCUCAAUCUCGGGCGACCCUCACUACAACACCUUUGACAAUGCAACUUACAACUUCAUGGGAACCUGCACCUACACAGUCGCUGAGGGCUGCCAUCUUGAUGGUACCCAACUCACCAAUUUUAGUGUGGUGGUGGAGAAUGAGAAAUGGUACGACAUGUCAGAAGAUCCCAACGUGUCCGUGGCCAAGCUAGUGGCUGUGACUGUUUAUGGCUACACCAUAAUCUUACGCAGGGGUCAGAUUGGAUUGGCCAUGGUCGAUGGAGCUAUAAUGAAUAUCCCAUUGACCAUAGAUGAUGGACUUAUUACUCUUAAACCGAUCGGUGACAAUUAUGUAAUCUCAACUGAUUUCGGGUUGAAAGUGACCUAUGACUUGGUGUACCAUGUCACUGUCACUGUUCCUGGUAACUACCGCGACAAGACAUGCGGGCUCUGUGGCAAUUUCAAUGGCAACAAGAAUGAUGAGUUCCAGCUUCCUGAUGGUCAAUCGGCAAAAGAUGUGACAACUUUUGGAGCGGCAUGGAAAGUUGGUGUGGAAGGAGUGGUGUGUGACGAUGGCUGUGUUGGAGACAGCUGUCCUGAAUGUCCCGCAAAUGAGGCCCAAAUAAUUGAAAGUGACUGUUCCAUCAUCACCAACCCCAAAGGACCCUUUGCAGCAUGUCAAGCUGUUCUUGACCCUGAACCAUAUUACAGAGACUGCAUCUAUGAUGUUUGUAUAGCUGGCUCCAAUGGUACAAAGAUGCUCUGCCACAGCAUUAAUGCCUAUGUCCUUGACUGCCAAGACACUGGGGUCAAAGUCUUGAAUUGGAGGUCAUCCAGGUUCUGUCCCAUGGCCUGUCCAUCAAACAGCCACUACGAGGACUGUGCAUUGCCCUGUCAGACCCCGUGUCCUGGUCUUACCAGCAUCACCUGUGCUGACACCUGUGCUGAAGGCUGUGCCUGCAAUAGCGGCUACUACUUCAAUGGAACAGGCUGUGUCCCAGAGGAUCAGUGCAGCUGCUACAUCAAUGGGCAGACCAUCAAGAUCGGAGAGACAAUAGUGACACAGAACUGCGAGGAAAAGUACAUUUGUCAAAAAUCAGGGGUGGUCCUGACCGAGCACAUGUCCUGUAACAUCGACGAGAACUGUGAAGUUCAAAACGGCGUUCGCGGAUGCUACCCCAAACAGUGUGUCAUGGGGAGCAAUGGUGGUCUCACCACCUUCAACGGCUUAAAGGUUCAAGCCACCGCCAGCGGCACAUAUGAUCUGGUUAAAGUGUGUGACGACACCCAAACUGAUGGAUGGUUCCGUGUUGCGAUGGACCUGCAGGCGUGUGGGAACAGUAGUCAGGUGUCUGCUGUGGGUAUCUUUGUCUUCUUUGAUAGUGCCUUCAUCAUUAUCAACAGCAAGUUCGCAGCCAUGGUUAACGGAAGGAUGCAAACUCUGCCAAUCCAGUUGACAAACGGUGUGUCUAUUAAAGUGACAAAUGACAUGCUAGUGAUCGAGAAGCCGUCUGCAGUUGUUGUGUCUUACAGUCGUUCACAUCAGAUCACAGUGACUGUCAGUGACAGUGUGGCCGCAAAUGUGUGUGGCGCGUGUGGAAAACUCACAGAAGCUGCCUCCUUCACUGAAUCCGCCGCCCAAAGCUAUCUCAAUGGCUAUAGAUCACCUAUCUUUAAUUUCUGCAACUGAACAUUGAAACUCAUCUGAAGAUUAUCUAGUGAACUCAUCUGAAAACAAAACACAUACUGUGAUUUAUUUCCUACAAACACAUUCCUGUUAGCAUAAUUAUGAGCACAUUUGUAAAACACUUCUCAAUCAUAUAAUGCCUCACAAACAUACUGCUUCUCUGUUAUCAAUAAAUUUCCUCUGUCUGUCAUAUAAAUUGUAUGACAUUAAAACAUCUGAACUCAUUUUUGACUGAGAGAAAGUAAUCUACUAUUAAUAUGAAAAAUGCUGCAUACACUUCAAUUGUGUUUGUA